GGGGGCGAGUGGGAAAAGAAGGAGGGGAGGAGAGGAGAGGGGAGGGGUCGAGGACAGGAGAGUGAUGGCCGCGCAACUCCCUAUAGUGGCCGCUACGGCCGCCACUCCCGCGACGGUGAGAAACAGCAAGAAAAGGCCAGCCAGCCCAGCGAACAACGGCAGCGGCGGCGGCAGCGGCUACAGCAGCAGCAAGAAGAAGAAAGUCGGGGCCGCCGGCUUUCCCCAGGGUGUCAGCAUGGAGACUGUGAGUGAGAAUAAGGUAGUGACCCCUGACUUUAGCACAGGACCUGUGGAAGCCACUCCCAAGCCUUUACCAUUUAAGGAUCCCAACUUUGUGCACUCAGGCAUUGGGGGAGCAGUAGCAGGCAAGAAGAACAGGACCUGGAAGAACCUAAAACAGAUUCUUGCUUCUGAAAGGGCAUUGCCAUGGCAACUCAACGAUCCUAGCUACUUCAAUAUAGAUGCUCCUCCUUCCUUUAAACCAGCCAGGAAGUAUUCUGAUAUUUCAGGACUUGUUGCAAACUAUACAGACCCACAGAGCAAGUUAAGAUUCAGCACAAUUGAAGAAUUUGCUUACAUUCGGAUGCUCCCUUCAGAUGUAGUUACUGGCUACCUGGCCCUGAGAAAGGCCACAAGCAUAGUUCCCUAGGUCUGGGGAAAUUUCUGAGGGGAAGCUUGGAACUUUUUCAAAGGCAGACUUUGGACUCAAGAUUUUGUUUCCAGGAAACAUUCAUAUUGUUGUCAAUCUGAAAAUGCCAGUAUUGUGCCUUGGAAAGAAUGUUUGGUUUUCAUAUAAUUUAAGAUUUUUCUUUAUUUGCUUUUUUAGAAGUUUGACAUUUUCAGCUAAAUUAAAUACUAGCACAUUUUGGGUUUGCCCCAAGUAUUUGACAAGGAAAAUGUAAUAAAACAUUUUUUAUUUAUUUCAGUAGUUGGUUCAGCCCAAGCAUUUUUUUUGAGCUUUUGCCCCCCAGUACAUGCUAGCUUUCUUAUAUAAUAUCCAUAACAUUUCCACAUAAUUAAAAAUAAGUGUCAUUAAUA